CCCCAUUUGAUGCGAAUGAGUGAAUCCAAUCGUCUAACCCGCCGCUGCCUGCUCCGAAACUCGCCGCAUCGUGCUCACUCAAGCUCGCUGAAGCUCAGCCUGCUUCUCCGUCGUUAACCCAUCCACCGUCGCCGUUCUUUACUCCUCCGACGGCAACCAAAAAUCUAUUAAUCUCCAUCACUGUUUGCUCGACACCUCUUUGCUGUUUCCCAUUUUACUCUUAUUCGCCGUCGGUCCUCGUCCUCUCCUAGAUCAUUAAUUCAGAGCCACCUGCUCUAUCUCCAUUGCCGCUUGUGUUCCUCCAUUUUUGCCCCGAGAAGAGAGGUUUUGAUUUACAAGUCCAAGUUUCGUAAUAAUUUCUCAAUUCUCAUAAUGACUCACUGACCCAGAAAGGCAGUGCAAUCCGAACAAAUCAAGGUAUUUAGAGAGUUGAAAGAAGCUUGAGGGUUGCAAACAGUUUUUAUUGCAGCUCAUCCAUGGAGUUGGAGCAAACCAAGCAAGCUUGCCAUCCAUCUCAAGAACCUAACCCUUGCAGGCCAAAACCUACACCAAAGCGCUUUAUUAAAAGCCAAAUCCCAGAUUCAAUCUUGAAUGACUCAGCUCUCAAUGCUGCCAUAUCACUUCUCCCCUCAAACUAUAAUUUUGAGGUGCACAAAUGUGUUUGGCGUGUGAAGUCAACUGGAGCAAAGCAAAUUGCCCUACAAUUUCCUGAGGGCCUUCUCAUGUACUCCCUUGUCCUCUCUGAUAUCUUUACUACUUUUGCGAGUGUCUCUCAAUGCUUUAUUCUUGGCGAUGUCACCUAUGGAGCUUGUUGUGUAGAUGACUUGUCUGCUAAAGCACUUGGUGCCGAUCUCUUGAUACAUUAUGGUCACAGCUGCCUUGUACCCAUUGAUUCCACUACAAUUCCCUGCCUAUACGUUUUUGUUGAUAUUAAAAUCCAUGUUGAUCACAUGAUUGAUACUAUCAGACUAAAUCUUCAAUCUAGUGUCAAAAACCUUGUCCUUGCCAGUACAAUACAGUUUGCCUCAGCAAUCCGGGUAGCAAAACCUGAGUUAGAGAAAUAUGGGUUUAAGGUUUUGAUUCCACAGUCCAAGCCACUGUCAGCUGGUGAGGUUCUUGGCUGCACAGCCCCCAAGGUUUCAUCAAACUCAUUUGGUGGCGAGAGUGAAUCUGUAGGAGUGUUUGUAGCUGAUGGAAGAUUUCACCUCGAAGCAUUUAUGAUAGCAAAUCCCAGAAUUAAGACUUUCAGAUAUGACCCAUAUUUGGGGAAAUUGUUUCUAGAGGAAUAUGAUCACUUGGGCAUGAAACAAUCAAGGAAGAGUGCAAUUGCAAAAUCAAGGCAGGCUCAGAAUUGGGGUGUAGUUAUGGGAACUUUAGGUCGACAAGGCAAUCCAAAGAUUUUGGAGAGAUUGGAAAAGAAGUUGAAGGAGAAGGGCUUCAAUUAUACUGUAAUUUUGAUGUCAGAGUUAAGUCCAGCUAGAAUCUCUCUGUUUGAAGACUCUGUGGAUGCAUGGAUUCAGAUUGCUUGUCCUCGAUUAUCGAUCGACUGGGGAGAUGCUUUUGCGAAACCAGUUUUGACUCCUUUUGAGGCAGAAAUUGCACUAGGAAUUAUACCAGGUUGGUGGGAGAGAACUGUGGUGAAAAAUCAUGGUUGUGAAAAUGAUUCAUCAUGCAGUGACUGUAACUGUGUAGAUGCAAAUGAAGAUUUUGGUGGAGAAUAUCCAAUGGAUUAUUAUGCCCAAGAUGGUGGGGAAUGGAAUUCCUCUUAUUUGAAAAAGUCCCCUCGUCCUACAAGAAGAAUUAUUUCUGUUAGGUCUAAUUCUUGACAGUCUCUAAUUUGCUAAAUUCCACUGAUUUUGUUUCCACUUAGCAGUGUUGUUUGGCUAUUAAUUUGCUAUCAAAUUUGCCAAAGUUAGUUGUAUCUUUAUGAGAAAGCUAUGCAUAUGUAAAGAGAAGCUUUUACAAAACGUUGUUCACUAUUUCGAUGGAUAUAAACGUGAUGAAAUUGAUUCAAGACAA